AUAAUACAUAAUAUAUAGCAUGGUGUGUCUGUCCAGAUACCGGUUGCAUGUCACAAGUAGAUCGUAAAACGCGCGCAAAUACAUAAAUGAUUUAUAGCUUAAUUAAAAAAUGAAGAAACAAUGUUUAUCAAAUUUUAUUUUAGCUGGUACUAUUCGAUUUUUAUUGAUGAAUUCUGAGUACCAAAAAGUGAUUAGCGAUCGUGUGGAAAUUUCUACUGCAUUAAAUUCUUGGAAGAGAGUAACUGAAGGAGUGUAUUUGUAUAACUGUGGCAUUGAUCCUUAUACAGGAGAUUUGUUUCAUGAAACACCUAUCGGAUUAUAUAUUUUCAAUUUUAUACAACAACAUUUAUCACAAUGGGUAUUAUUUUGCUUAUUUGUGUCCAUUGAUUUGUUAACAGCAGUAUUUCUUGGACUUACAGCAAAGCAAUAUACGACUGAAUUGGUUUCUAAACAAAAAGAAGAGGAAAAAUUAUGCAAUGAAAAUAAAGAAAUUCAUAAUGACGCUUCUGUAGUAUAUACUGCAAUGAUGUAUGUCUCAGCAGGAUAUUUAUUUAAUCCAUACAUAAUACUUAAUUGUGUUGGACAUACAACAACAGUAUUUACAAAUUUGUUGUAUUCCAUAGCAUUGGUUUCCAUGACAAGAUCUAUGUUUUGGAAUUGCUUAUCAAUUUCUUUAUUAACAUUACAAGGACUUUAUCCUGUUUCACUCAUAGUGCCAACAAUUAUCUAUAUUGCUCGUUCUAAUAGUACAAAACAAAGAAGCAAUAUUGCGAACUAUCUUAUAAUAUUUGCAAGCAUGUUAACCAUUCUAUUUUGUAUUUCCUAUUACAUUAUGGGAAGUUGGUCAUUUAUUUCGAACACACUUGGCUUUAUUUUAACAGUUCCUGAUUUACGUCCAAAUGUUGGACUUUAUUGGUACUUUUUUACAGAAGUAUUUGAGCACUUUAGAUGGCUUUUCAUUGCUUCUUUUCAAAUAAAUGUCAGUUUAUUAUAUAUAGUACCACUGGCAUUGAGGUUACGACAUGAUCCAAUGCUAUUAGCAUUUUCUUAUUUAGCAAUUACUGCAAUAUUUAAAUCUUACCCUUGUAUAGGAGAUGUUGGAUUUUAUAUGUCUCUUUUACCAUUAUGGAAGCAUUUAUUCCAAUAUACACAACAGGGAUUUAUUGUAGUCUGUUUUAUGCUAUUCUGUACAGUGUUUGCACCUACUGUUUGGUAUCAGUGGAUAUAUUCCAGAUCAGCUAAUGCAAACUUUUAUUUUGGAGUUACAUUAGCAUUUGCCAUAGCACAAAUUUUUUUACUAACAGAUAUCCUUUUCGCGAGUGUGAAACAUGAGUUUGCUGUACGUCAUGGUAUUAAUAAUGAUGUUAAUGGAAAUACUGCUAAACUUCUUUUAGAAUAAAGUUGUAUCUUACAAAGUUUAAGAUUAAAAUCAUUAACUAAAGUUUGAAAUUUAAAAGAAGUGGUUCUUAAAUAUUUACAAACUAUUCGAU